AUGAGCACCAAUACUUAUGAUUUUGAGAAACCCUGGCGGGCCCGCGAGUUCCUGGCGCGGAUCAUCGGGUUCGGUCUGAUUCUUUCUGAAGGUGCUGUACACAAGAAGCAGCGCCGUGCGUUGACCCCCUCGUUCCAUAUGAAGAACAUUCGUGCUUUGUACACGCUGAUGUGGGAUAAGACCAAUCAGCUGCUGGAGGCUCUUGACGAGGAAAUCCGUCUCCAUCCGAUGGAAGGCACCAGCCCAGACAGUGGCUGGGGAAAGGUGGAAAUGAGCGUCUGGGCUAGUCGUCUGACUCUGGACAUCAUUGGGCCUGCAGCCAUGGGCCGAGACUUCCGCACGAUCCAAAACACCGAGAACAAGGUCGCAGACAGCUUCAUGGCCAUCCUGGAACCUACGAAGGAGAAGAUGGCCUUCCUGGCCGUCAACUUUAUUCUGCCCCAGUGGUUCGCCAAGCGCCUUCCCUGGCGGUUAAACAAGGUCGUCGACGAUGAAGUUGGCUACCUGCGCAGUAUCUGCAAGGAAAUCGUCCAUGAGAAGAGAAUCGCCAUCACCGCCACCAAGGCCACAGCCACGGAGCUAGAAGCCGACAUUCUCGGCUCGAUGAUGCUGGGUGGAGAUUUUACAGAUGACGAGCUCGUCGACCAGAUGCUGACAUUCCUAGCUGCCGGCCACGAAACGACUGCCAGCGCUCUCACUUGGACUUGCUACCUCCUGACCCUCCAUCCAGAUAUCCAAGAGCGUCUCCGCGCUGAAAUCCGCGCAGCCAUCCCUUCAGCUACGCACCCCAUUACUAGCGCUGAUCUGGAAUCGUUGCCUCUGCUGAAUGGCGUGUGCCAGGAAGUGCUCCGCCUCUAUCCCACCGUCCCUACCACAAUCCGCGAAGCUGUCCGCGACUCCACGAUUGCCGGCAAGCACAUUCCCAAAGGAACGAAGAUCCUCCUGUGCCCCUACGCAAUCAACCGCUCGCCAGAAUUCUGGGUGUAUGGGGACGAGUUCCGUCCUGAGCGCUGGAUUGAUACGGAUCCAGCAUCGGGUGAGCAGUCAGUUAACCAUACUGGAGGCGCAUCGACAAAUUUUGCUCAGAUUACCUUUUUGCACGGGCAGCGAUCUUGUAUUGGAAAAGAUUUCGCGAGGGCGGAGCUGCGCUGCGCGGUUGCGGGGGUGGUUGCAAAAUUCGCAUUUGAAAUGGAAAAUCCGAAGCAGGAGAUUCACAUUGCGGGUGCGGUGACGACGAAGCCGGUCGAGGGUAUGCAUCUGAAGAUGCGAGCAGUUGAAGGGUGGUAA